AUGAACGCCAGCCUGUACCAGAGUCUCCUACCUCAUACUUUCGACUUUUUGACUGACAACUUGGCGCAGCUCGCAAGAAUCGACUACUUUCACCACGUACGCGCAUUCCGAAAGGAGACUAUAACCGUCCUCUCCAUCUUUGGCACUGUAAUAUCUCUUAAAUGGGCUCUCGGUGCAUCCUUCUUCUUCCACACAUACUGUCUUCAUCACAGUAAAAUUCAUCGCUAUAACCACGUUUCCCCCGAUGGUUCGCCCGCAUGGGCUCUAGUAACGGGAGCUGCCGAUGGAAUCGGAUACGAGAUUGUGCGAGAGCUUGCAAGAAAGGGGUUUAACGUUGUGCUCCAUGGCCGGGUCGAACAAGAUCUGCUAGCUGCCAUGAUGCGUGCACACGACGAGUUUCCUGAUCGGAACUUCAAUAUGCUCGUUGCCGAUCCAACUGCCCUUGGUACCAGAGGCUUCUUCUAUAGACAGAGCUACGGGAAUUGGAGAAUGGAACGUAAAUUGGACCUCGAGACCAUAAGGAACGAACUGUCCAAGCUUAACUUGACAGUCUUGGUUAACUGUGCGAAUGCAGAAGCCGGACACACAGACCUUGUACGGAUCCUCGAUGAAAAUGAGAAGUCUAUAUGGAAAUACGUCAACUCUGAUGCUCUUUAUCCAAUACAACUCUUUCGCGCCCUUCUUCCAACACUCAUUGGUAACGCCCCAUCUCUCAUCAUACACGUCACCUCCCUAAGUGACAAAGGCAUCCCACUCAAAAUCGCAACCUCGGCAAGCCGGUCAUUUGUUUCCAGAAUGGCCCAAUCCUCGGCUUUGGAAAUGAAACUCGAGGGCUACGACCUUGAAUCCCUGUGUGUACGGGUGUCACGACGUAUGGGUCAAACACACAGCACUCUUGCUAGGGCAAUCAUUGCGAGAGUCGGUAGUCGCCGGAGUGUUGUUGUCGGUCACUGGUAUCAAUAUCUUUACAAAGGACUAGUCUAUCGGCUUCCUGGAUGGCUAUGGGAUUGGUGGAUCAUACACUGCAUUCGUGGGAAGAGAGAUGGCAUAUCUGAGGGAAGUUAA